GUUUAGGCUCUUGCGCAGCUCCAUCUACCAAGACUAGAAUGGACUCGCAGUCGUACAGCGACUACAAAUUUGUGGGUCGCGUGGAUCACGUGAAGACCUUCAAUACGGCCAUCAAAUCGAUUUGCUUCAAUGAUUAUGCAGUUCUUCAUAUCUCCGACGAGGGACUGCGCAUCACAGUGGAGCAGGGCAGGUCGAUCCAAGCCACUCUCUUUAUGCCUCCGGGUGCCUUUACGGAGUUCCAUGUGCAGGACUUUCAAAGCUUUGGCUUGAAAUUGAACGACCUCUCGGAAUGUCUGAACCUAUUUGGCUCGGCUGACUGCAGCAUCCGGAUGAUGUACAAGGAUCAGGGCGAAUGCCUGUAUCUUAUUCUGUACCCGUACGACGACGAGGAUGUGAGCACAGAGUGCGCCAUCAAGACAAUGGACUGCGAGGAGCCCAUCGACCACGACAUGAACCUGAAAGGUCCUGAUCUGAACGUUAUUUUUGCCCGCGGCCCAAACUUGUACAAGAUCUUCCAUGAACUGGAUAAGUCGGCGGAGGAAUUUGAGUUCAUCACUUCGCCCGACAGUCCGUACUUCAAAAUUACCACCGUUGGCGUACUGCAGGCGGUGUUUAGCGUCGAGGUGGCCAAAACCAGCUCCAUGAUGAUGAUGUUCAACUGUCGCCAGACUGUGAAGGCCAGAUAUAAGAGCCAGCAAAUACGGCUCACGAAUAAAGCCAUGCAGGCGGCCACCAAGGUGGCCAUCAAAACCAAUUCCAUCGGCCUCCUGGAGCUGCAUCUAGUGAUACAAGGAGAGGGCCAGGAAGAAAUCUUUGUACAGUUUUAUGUCAUUCCCUUGCUAAAUAGUGUCGAUUAGAUUAUAUCUAUUAAAAAUCGUGUCUAGAUGUAAAAUCUUCUUGGGUCUGCUAAUGCUCAAACCAUUCAUGAAAUGUGGCUUGAGUUAACCAAUUCAUAGAGCAGUUUCAGAUGUGAAAGUGUCGCUCAGCGCUAAUUUCAUUUUUAAUUUGGCAUCUUUUCUUAUUUAUUCAUAGUUUAGUUUUGUCUUCUACGAGUAUUUUUAGGCGUACUUCCUGUACAGCUUGUGUUUCUAUACAAAAUAUUCUGACACCAUUCAAUCCUUAAGUAGCUUUCAGUUGCCACAGCAGAGUCAGCAAAGUUAUAGGUGUUCUUUUCAUGAAUCAUUUUAUAAAUUAUACAUAGAAUAAA